GAUGUCUAGCUAUGUGUCAGUGUUGUCCCAGUGAAAGCAUUGAAGCAACGUCGAUUGGUCAACAUGACCAACAGGCAGACCUUGGCCAUACUAUUCACCUUGUGCGCUUUUGGAGUACCGACGAUUUUAUCCGCAUCGAAAAAUAUUCCGAAAUGGAAAAAACAAGCCUGCGAAGCGCCAGCCACACAAAACGAAUCGAGCCAUUAUACAUGCGACGAUAAUGGAGAUAUGAAAUGCUUACCCGGCUGGAUAGGAGAUCUUUGCGACGUUCCUAUAUGUAGGAAAGGUUGCGACCCGAUCCAAGGUUAUUGCAAACGUCCGAACGAGUGCCGCUGCAAGUUGGGAUACUACGGAGAUACGUGCAACAAGUGCAUACCGCUGCCUGGAUGUCAACACGGGCACUGCAAUAACAGUUUUGAAUGCAAGUGCGACGAAGGCUGGGAUGGCAUAUUCUGUUCAGAACCGAUCUGCCACCAGGACUGCCACCCGAGCAAAGGAUAUUGCGACUGGCCGGGAGAGUGCAGGUGCCGCCUGGGUUGGACGGGAGAUAUGUGUAAAGAAUGUCAACCGUUGCCGGGAUGUCAACAUGGGACGUGCAACAAGCCUCUGGAGUGUAAAUGUGAAAAGGGAUGGCAAGGAAUUUUGUGUCAGAUACCCGUGUGCUCCGAAGGAUGUCACCGGGAAAGGGGUUACUGCCGGAAGCCCAGCGAAUGCAGAUGCAAAGUAGGCUGGUGGGGUAAGAACUGCACUCAAUGUUUCCCGUAUCCAGGUUGUGUGCAUGGCACUUGCAACCGUCCGUGGGAAUGUAACUGUAAGCCCGGUUGGGGCGGAAUAUUGUGCGACCAAGAACUUAAGUACUGCGAAACGAAUAACGUUGCGUGCCAAAAUGGCGCUACAUGUGUGAGCCUCCCCGAAGAAGACGGAAAUUACAGAUGCUUGUGUGCCGACGGUUUUAUUGGACGUAAUUGUGAAGUAGAUAAAAAAAAGGUGGAAAUCGUAGGCUUAAUGCCACCCAAACCUAGUCUCACAUUACUCAAAUCCACUACAGCAUCACCCUUGACAUCUACAUCUGAGGAGCAGCCAUUGUUAUUAGAAGGCGAAGAUGAGUACGAAGAGGAAAACAGCCCUACGAAUUCAAGCUCUACUAUAUCUCCAGCAAUCAACGAAAACGAGGCUUUAAACGAAACAAUUUAAUUUAAGUUUAAUAGAAAGUCAUUUAAGUUAUUUAUUUAUUUAUUUAUUUAUUGUACUGAUACACUAAUUAUCGUGUAAAUUAAAAACAACUUAAGUAAAUAUGUUUAUACUCAUCAAAUUUGGUUAUUAUUUAUUAAUAUAUUAUAAUAUAACUUCAAA